AUUAAAUUAAGCGCUCCUCUUCCAUUAACCCUAGCCGUCAGAAUGGCGCCCAAGUUGGACCCUUCCCAAAUAGUCGACGUCUACGUAAGGGUGACCGGAGGAGAAGUCGGCGCAGCCUCUUCCCUCGCCCCCAAAAUCGGUCCCCUUGGUCUCUCUCCGAAGAAGAUCGGUGAGGACAUCGCCAAGGAGACUUCCAAGGACUGGAAGGGUCUCCGCGUUACCGUUAAGCUUACCGUCCAGAACCGUCAGGCUAAGGUAACCGUAGUUCCCUCCGCCGCCGCGCUGGUCAUUAAAGCUCUCAAGGAGCCCGAGCGCGACCGCAAGAAGACCAAAAACAUUAAGCAUAACGGCAAUAUCUCCCUCGACGACGUGAUCGAGAUUGCCAAGGUCAUGAGCUCUAGAUCCAUGGCCAAGGAUUUGAGUGGAACCGUGAAGGAGAUUUUGGGGACUUGCGUCUCCGUUGGCUGUACGGUCGACGGGAAGGAUCCUAAGGAUCUGCAGCAGGAGAUCACCGAUGGAGACGUCGAGGUUCCUCUCGAUUGAUCUGCUUUCGUUUUUGUUUGGAUAUUGUUAUGAUUUUCUUCUUUCCAUUUUUGUCUCGAUUGGGUGAUUGGUACGGAUAUUCACAGUUUUUGGAGCUGGUUUUUUUCAAUAUAGUGAGACCUGAAUUCAAUUUUGAUAAGCGCUGUUUUCAUUAGUGUAUUGAUUGUUCUUUGUUUGAUCAUUCGUUUUUUAGUAAAAUGCAUGAAUUGAUGAGUACAAAUAAUUUGAAACAA